AAAGGAUUUACUUUUCUAUGAUUAAUGUCAUUAAUGUCAGUUUACGCCAUAUUGUUAAAGUUGCGUAUGCUUGUUUUGGUAAUUUAUUAAAAAUAGGGAUUUACUACGUAUAGAUGAAAUGGCUGUAGAAAAUAAAACUGAAUAUACAGAUGAUGAUGAAGACUUGGAAGCCUUAAGGCUAGCUGCUCUCAAUUCCCUAAAGAAGAAAAGCGAGUCCAGUGAAACUACCACAAAGCAAGAUUUCAAGAUACUACCUUACAAUAACUACAAAGGUUCAUUUAGAGGAGGAAAGAGAAGAUUUUUUCCUGGGUCAAGUAGCAGAGGAAACAGAAAUGGGCAAUACGUUGUUAGAAACUCCAAUCUCAUUUCAAUUCCUACAUCGACUCACAGUUUGGAAAAAAUAGACUCGAGAACACUGAAAUUUUCUGAUAAGGUUAAUGAUCCUCCAAAAUUGGUAUUACCUCAAGACAGAUAUGCUAAUGCGACGACACAAGAGGCUGAAAAUGAUGGACCAAGUAGUAAAUUUGAUAGAUACGACAAUUCUAAUUCAGAAUCUGAGGAUGAUGAUGAGAUCUCAGAUACAAAGUUAGAAAGAUCUGACAGUUUAGAAGCUCUGAUGGAAGAGUUAGAUGCUGAAAUUUCAGGAGAACCUACCAAGGAAAGGAAAACCAAGGUCAGAAAAGAACCGAUUGUGGAAGAAAAGAAAAUUGAAUCAAAUUUAGAUGAAGAAAUUCAAACUCUAGAAGCAAGUACCAAUGAUGAUGAAGGAUUGGAAAAGACUACAAGUGAAGAAGCGGUUCAUCAAGAUAGUCCAGCAAGAGAUAUCCCCAAAUCAAGUGAAAGUGAAGUGAAAAAUACUACUAAAGACGAAACAAAAGUUGAAGGUCAAACAAAGUAUUCAAAUAAGCCACAGUUACAAAAGUCUCCAAUUCAGAGGAAGAUACCUAACCGUCGUAUAAAUAACGGCAGAGUCUUCAAGCCUUUUCCACCUCCAAAUAAUUCCAUCAUGCUCCCUAAUCAACCUUUCAUGAAUCCUCUUCAAUUACCCCAGUUCACAACAGUUUAUAACACAGUGCCAUCUUACUCGAUACCGGAAGUAUUUCCUUUAAAUGUACCGCCGCCUUUCAUACCACCUCCUCCCAUCCAAACGCAUUCAGUUCCCAUAGAGAUGCAGCCGGUGGGAUUCAAUGUCCCUCCGUUGAAACCGUUAGUUAUAGAGCCCCAGGAUUCCGUUCCAAUGGGACCCUUGUCCCCCAGAAGUGCAGCGUUUGUACUUCAAAACCGCGCUAUAGUGGAGAAAAGAAAAAGGUCUCCUAGGAGGUCUUUUUCGAGAUCUCCUUCCCCUCCUCAUCGUCGUCCUCGAUAUUCUAAGUCCCCAGUGUCUGGAAGAUCUCACAGCCCCACCAGAAGAUCCUUGAGUCCUGUCAGAAGACCCUUCAGUCCCCUCCAGAGAACCACCAGUCCCAGACGUUCCCCUGCCCGAAGAUCUCUGUCACCUUAUCGAAGAAACAGGGAUAAAUCUCCGAGGAGAUCCCCUCGUCGUACAAGAGUGUCUCCCAAGAGAUCUCCGAAGAGAUCCAGGGAAUCUCCGAAAAGGAUUAAGGAAUCCCGUAGGACCCCCGUUAAAGACCGAUUGGGUAAUAGAAAUAAGAACGAUGAGAAAGAAGCCGUUGGCAGAGAAGAAGCUUUAGGGAGUCCCACGAAAAAGGUCGAAACUAAGACCAUCGACCCUGUUCUAGAGGCUCGGAAAAGAAAAUUCGAAUCUAAAGAAAUCAAUAUUAAGGAAAGGGUGAUCAGACUGAAGCCGAAAAAAGAUCCUGCCCAGAAGGAUAAAGAGUCGAACAGUCCCAGCGUGGAAGAUCCAAAAUCUAGAAUCGUCGAAGAAUCUGACGAUGUAAGGCCGAAACAAACGACGGAAAAGUCUUCCACCAAACCUCCGGUUAAAGAAGGCACCAGCACCAGGAUCGUGUUGCUCCCGAAGAGCGAAACUAAAGUACCCGCCCCCGAAGAACCUCGAGAAGACCAGCUGGAGGACGCCAUCAACGAGCUCGAGAUGCUUCUGAAGGACGACGAAGCCCUCGAGCUGUCCGCCAAAGUGGACGAUCUAUUCACGGACGAAGAGGUCGACGAUAACGAAACGAAGAAAUUCGCCGCCGCCAAGGAAGACGUCUCGGAAAGAGUCGUCGCAAACGGCGCCGCAAAACAGCCCCUGGAGAAAAAACGCGAAACGAAAAACAAGUGGAAAUUCGAAGAGGCCAGGAAAGACGCGGCGAAGAAAACCAAGAAGGAGCCUCUGACCAAUCCGAUCGAAAACAGGAAGAUCGAGAUCAAGAUCAGGAAUCCGUCCAAGUACGAGAAGAACGGUACCAAAGCGCAGGGCUCUAGGACGGUGGAAUUGACCAAAAAGGAUACGUUUAGCGAGGAUGAAAGCGAACCUGAGAUUAUUAUGGAGGAGGAGGAAAAAGAGAUUGACGAGAUCGCCCCUAGUAGAGAAGGUGAUCUUAGGGCUCAGCUAAGCAGAAAAAGGGCGGAAAGACAGAACAAACUCACAUCGGUCGAGGGGGUCCAGUCCAGACUCCUGCAGAGCGCCCUGGAAGGAGCUGUAUUUAAAAAAAAGAAGUCGAAGAAGAAAGAGAAAGAACCCAAAGAUGUGAAAUUGCCGAUUCAUCUUCGUCUAGGAAUAGCUCAUGACUCCGACGUUUUUGGGGAGUCUGUUGCCUCCGAAAAGAAUUCCAGAAAAAAAUCCAAAAAAAGGAAACAUGCUGAUAUGGAACAGGUAUUGUGUUUGCUAAGAAUUUAAUAAUUUAUCCGUUAUUUUAGCUUUAUUAUUUGUUACACGUUUGUUGUAAAAAAUGACAAACUAAUGUUUCACGAAACAGAGUCCUUUGUUGGCUAUUAUUGAACGUUAAAAUUUUUUAUGGAUUUCAAAUUAUUCCUAAGAUUUUAUAAAUUGAUUCUACUUGGAAUUGUGUCAUGAAAUAUUGUUUUCUCACCGAGUGCUGUGAAAUUGUUUCUAAAUUUUCUUUGUUUUUUCACACCUUUUUGCAAGAAUCGAAAUUUUUCUGUUUUUUUCUUCUUACGGAAAUUCUGUUUGAAUCAAGCUUUUUAAAUCUUUUCUUCUUCGAGUGUUUGGUGUGUGCAUACAUGAAUAUAUAUUAUGUAUCCCGAGAAUUAAUCGUUCCCAAGUGUUCCUUCUGAAACUUGACUGUGUUAUCUAUUCAUAACCUGUGAUAAUUCUGUGAUAUUUAUAUCUUUUAUAAAACUGUUCAUUAUUUAUUGAAAAUGUAUUUUACUUUUUAUAUGGUACUUUUGUAUCUUUUUCAUGUGAUAUAUGCAUUUUUGACGGUUUAUUUUCACUGGCGCCGUAUAGAAUGCAUACUCUCUCUUCGAUAUGUAACAAUAUUGAACUGGUAACAUUAGCAUGUCCUGACCUUGUAUCCUUAGCCAUCCCCCAUGAAAUUUGAAAACUAACAUAUAAAAAUAUGUUCCUCUAGUUGCAAUUUUUCCCCUGUAUAAAUCUAUCUCUUAUUGCAUGGACCAGUUCCUGAAUAAUAUUAUUUUUAAUCACGAUUUUAGCGUAUAUUCUUUGAAAUUAUAUCUUUAAAUCAAGAAAAAAAUAUUCACGAUUCAAUUUGUAAUAAUGUAGAUGAGUCAAAUUGUACAGGGUGUUCCUAUAUAAGUGUCGAAACAUGAAACUAGAUUCCUCCGGAAAAAAAUAUUUUUCUUUUAUACUUUUUGCCAUUUAUGCCAUCAUCCUAGGAGAUAUUUGAAUUUUGUCCAAUUUUACAAACUUCAGUUUUAUUGGGUAGAUACUGGGUUAUUCAUACACCACCUUUUUAUUUGUUGGUUUAGUGAUCUCAAAUUUAAUACUUUAAGCUUUAUGCGAUUAGAUCUUCGAAAUUUUAUAAAAGAUUUCCAAUAAAUAAAGGUCAAUAACAGGACGGAAGAUUUAAUGAAUUGUAACAUCAAACAUAAGAGUUUAUUUCAUUCAUUGUUAAACCUUUAGCCUUGUUUGAAAUGUAAAUGGUCAAUCUUUAUUAUUUAACGUCAAUGUUGAUAGUUCAUUUGUUUAAAUUAUCUCUAGGGACUGGUCUGUUUUCAUUCUUGUAAUACCACCAUUGUAGUGAACUUGAAUUUUUAUAACGACUGUGCCUACAUUUGUAAAUUUGUUGUGUAGUUUAGAUGAAAAAUAUUGGCAGGAAAAUACUUACAGAUAAUUGUUUAUGAUAGGUAUAACCGUUCUCUCACAGCUAGAGUGUCCACAAAAAAUCAACUAGGAGAGGCAUCCAUCAAAAGUGAAAAAAAAAGACUCUGUUCUGAUGAUUUAAUUUUAUUUUGAAUUUCAGCUGUAAAUAUUUUUGGGGAAUUUAUUUCGAUUUAUGAUAUUUUUGUAGAUUAAUUUUGUAUUAAAAUAUGUUUUCUUUAAUUGUAUAUUUCCAAGAUUUGUAAAAAUAAUAUUCAAAACCUAUUAAUUAAGUAUAAUAAAAACCAUAUUCUAAGAUUUAUUAUUAUAUAGUUCUCUUUUUAUUAUAAGAUCAGGUCAUAAUUUUAAUAAAUGUAACACUUAUGUAUAUA